AUGGCCGAGUUCGUGAUCCUCCGAGAUUCCACCGCCUAUAACAUCAUCUUGGGAAGGAAGACGAUAAACGAUGUUGAAGCGGUAAUCAACACAAAGCUGCUAGUCAUGAAGUUCGUUACCGAUGAAGGAUCUAUAGGGUCCAUAAGAGGGGAUCUCGAAACGGCGGUCGCUUGCGACAAUGCCAGCCUCUCCCUGAGAAAGAAAUCAAAGGAGGCGUCUAGGGUGUUCCUGGCUGACCUGGACGCCAGGGUGGACGACAAACCUAGACCUGAACCAGAAGGGGACCUGGAAAAGUUCAGAAUCGGUGACACGGAGGAGAAAUUCACGUUCAUUAACAAGAACCUCCCACAAGAGUUAAAGGAGCCCUUGAUCGAGAUGAUAAGGACCAACAGGGACUUGUUUGCCUGGACGCCUGCCGAUAUGCCGGGUAUAGACCCGAAAAUCAUGUCGCACCAUCUGGACGUCAGGCCGGGAACACGCCCAGUAACACAACGCAAAAGGAAGAUGUCGACAGAAAGGGCGGAGGAAGUGGCCAGGCAGACGGCCAGCCUCCUCGAAGCAGGUUUCAUACGAGAAGUAGACUACUCGACGUGGCUCUCGAAUGUCGUUCUAGUGAAAAAGCACAACGGCAGAUGGAGAAUGUGUGUAGACUACUCUGACCUUAACAAGGCAUGCCCAAAGGAUUGUUUCCCCCUCCCCAACAUAGACGCACUCAUCGACGCUGCGGCGGGCUACCGCAAAACGGUGGAAGUCUACGUCGACGAUGUCCUCGCGAAAACAACGCGAUCAGACGACCUCCUGAAGGAUCUGGAAAACGUAUUCGCAUCUCUCCGGCAGCACGGCAUGAGGUUGAACCCCCUCAAAUGUGCCUUCGCCAUGGAAGCUGGCAAGUUCUUGGGAUUUAUGAUAACUCAGAGAGGGGUAGAGGCCAACCCGGAAAAGUGCCAGGCAGUACUCCAGAUGAAAAUCCCAGGUUGCAUUAAGGACGUCCAAAGAUUGGCGGGGCGGCUGACCUCGUUGUCCCAGUUUCUCGGAGCGUCGGCAGCAAAGGCCUUGCCAUUUUUUAACCUCAUGAAAAAGGGGAUGGCGUUCGAGUGGACACCUGCAUGUGAGGAAGCCUUUCAACACUUCAAGGAAAUCUUGGCGGCACCACCUGUGCUGGGGAAGCCAAAGGACGGAGAGCCGCUAUACCUGUACCUCGCCAUAACAGGAGAAGCCCUGGCCGCAGUUCUGGUGCGGGAAGAAGGGAGGGCUCAACAGCCGGUCUAUUUCAUAAGCAGAGCCCUGCAAGGGGCAGAAUUAAGGUACAGCAAGCUAGAAAAGCUAGCUUUGGCGCUCUUGACCUCCUCACGAAGGUUGAAGCGAUACUUCCAAAGUCACCAGGUUGUCGUAAGAACGGACCAAGGGAUCCGGCAAGUGCUUCAAAAACCCGACUUAGCGGGGAGAAUGAUGACUUGGUCCAUCGAACUUUCCCAAUACGACAUACGGUACGAACCCCGGCAAGCCAUCAAGGCGCAGGCGAUGGCAGAUUUUCUGGUGGAAGUAACCGGGGACCCAACCGAAGAAGCGAGCACACGGUGGAAGCUCCAUGUGGACGGAGCUUCCAACCAGACGUUCGGAGGUGCCGAGAUCAUCCUGGAAAGCCCGGUUGGAGUCGUAUACGAGCAGUCGAUCAGGUUCGAAUUCCCCGUUUCGAACAAUCAGGCAGAAUACGAAGCCCUCAUAGGGGGCUUGACCCUAGCAGCAGAAGUCGGGGCAAUAAGGCUGGAAAUAUGCAGUGAUUCACAGGUCGUCACCUCCCAGGUAAACGGGAGCUACCAAGCCAAAGACUCGCUAUUACAAAAGUACUUGGAAAAAGUCAAAAGCUUAAGCCAAAAAUUCGAGGAGGUCACGGUCCACCACGUGCCUAGAGAAAGGAACACACGGGCGGACCUCCUAUCAAAAUUGGCCAGCACUAAACCGGGAGAAGGCAACCGAUCUCUCAUCCAAGGGAUGACGAGAGAGCCGGCAGUCGUCCUGCACGUGACAAGACUGAGCCCUUCAUGGCUAGACCCCAUCACUGGUUUCCUGGAAAACGGCAAACUCCCUGACGACGAAAAGGACGCGGCGAAGCUGAGAAGGGAAGCAGCCAAAUACGCCGUCAUCCAGGGACAGCUGUUUAGGAAAGGGCUCAACCAACCCCUAUUGAAGUGCUUACACCCCGACCAAACGGACUACGUCCUCAGGGAAGUCCAUGAAGGCUGCUGCGGACACCACAUAGGAGGCAAGGCCCUGGCAAGAAAACUACUUCGAGCCGGAUAUUAUUGGUCGUCAAUGAUGGCAGACUCCAAAGAACAGAAGUUCUCCUCGGUGGAACACCCCCAAACAAACGGACAGGUGGAGUCCGCGAACAAGAUCAUCCUUUUAGGGCUGAAGAAGCAUUUGGAUAAUAAAAAGGGCCCUUGGGCCGACGAGCUAGCCUCGGUGCUUUGGUCCUACCGAACAACCGAACAAUCCUCCACUAAAGAGACUCCCUUCCGGCUAACAUACGGGUUGGAUGCGGUAAUACCCGUAGAGAUCGGGGAACCGAGCCCCCGGUUACUUUUGAAGGGAGUAGAGGAAGCAGUGGAAAAGGACUUGAUAGAUGAAGUCAGAGAGAUGGCCCAUUUGACAGAAACCGCACUAAAACAAAGAAUGGCCCUACGCUACAACACCAAAGUGCUCAAAAGAGAAUUCGGACCAAACGGCCUCGUCCUGAGGCGAAACGACAUCGGCCCACCGACCCCUGGAGCGGGCAAGCUGGCGGCAAACUGGGAAGGCCCCUAUAGAAUCAAAAAAGAGAUGGGUAGGGGCGCUUUCAAGUUGGAAAGGCUCGAUGGUAAGGAAAUCCCAAGGACAUGGAACGCAAACAACUUGAGAAGGUUCUACUCCUAA